AUGGAAAAAAGUGAGAUAAAAAAAUCAUCACAUCAAAUGUCAGAAGAAUUUUUCUUAGAACAGAACAAUAAUCAUAUUAAUAUUGGACGACAACAACAUCAAUAUCGUACACCUUUGAUACGACAUAAACGAGGAGGUUUGUUUUCAACAGCUGGUGCCUAUUGUUUAAAUCGUACUAAAAGUUUUCAUGUUCAAUCGCAAGCAUUAACAGCUACAACAGAAGGGAUGAUACAUCAAUCACCACCUCCGCCACAAAAUUUAGAUCGUAAAACCUAUUUUAAAUAUCAAAAACAUAAUCGUAAUCAAUCUUUGAUAAAUAAUAUUAAUUUAGCCCGUUCAUUACCAUCUAAUAUGCAUCAUUUAAUACCGUCACAUCAUCAACAACAAUUACCAUUAUUACAACCAUCGGUAAUAAUGAAUCCAUCGUUUGAGUCAUUUAAUUCUACUCAAAGUCAUCAUAAUCAGAGUGAACUUAUACCAACAUCAUCUGAUUUAUAUUUAAAUAAAAAAACUUCGUCCAUUAGUAAUAACAAUAAUAGUAAAGGGAUGUUAAAUACAUUACGUCGAUCAUUAAGGAAAAAUAAAGAGCGUUUUUAUAAUAAACGAUCAUCUACAGUGAAAUCGUAUAAUUCCAUAGGUGAUGCGUGUGGUGAACAACAAUCGCCAGAUAUUAAUUGUCGACAACAUUAUGCAAAUAAAACUCCAUCAUUAUAUCAACCAUCAUUUAUUGUGGAAGUAUCGAACGAAUAUGAAGAUAACAGAUUGCCACUACAAGCCCCAUUGGCAAAUGGUCGACUUGGUGACCGAACUCGAAUAGUUCAACCCAAUCAAUAUCUGCCACCUACAACAUCGGUGAAUGGACUAUCGCCUCUCAUUCCUAUUCAUCACAAUGGUCCCAUACUAAAAUCAUCUUCACCAUCACCGACAACAAUAGCCUCAAUAGUUACAUUUACUCCUACACUAUCUAUAUCAUCGAAUACAAAUGGCAACGUUAUUAUUCCGAAUAUUAAAUAUAAUAAUUUAUUAGCAAAUACGAAUAAUAAUAACAAUAACAAUAAUACGGCAAUUAUAGAAACAGACAAUAAUGUGGAAAAAGAAAAAUUAAAAAAUGAUCUACAAUUAUUACGUAAUGAACUACAAAAAUCAAAAGAAACAAUAGCACGUCUUCAAAAAAGUGAAGAACAAAUGAGAGAAAGAUUAGCUGAACAAGCACAACGUCAGAUUGAAAAAGGUGGUAAAUUUGAAGAUUUAAAUCAGUUAACACGUCCAACAGAAUUAAUUCGUUCAUAUAAUGCACUCUAUUCACAAGCAAGAAUUGAUGCUUUGGAUGCACUCGAUAAUGUGUCCGAAAUGUCCGAUGCUGAAGAUUUGAAAUCAAAAUUAUUAUUUUCAGUUGUUGUUUUAGCUUUUCGACAUGCUCAAAUACAAGCAAAAGAAAUUCGUUCAAAAAUAAAACAAAUAUUACAAUUAACAAGUGAUAAAAGUUCAACAUUACUCGAAGAAACAAUUGAAAAAUAUCUACGGAGUACGAUACAAAAAUAUGAUGUUGCAAAAAUUACCUAUGAAGUAGAAAAUCAAUUAUGGACAACAUUAUACGAUUAUCCAGCGUUAAAAUGUUGCAAUGAAUUAAUCAAAUACAUUACGCAAUCAUGUAGAACAGCGUGGGGUUUGGUAAAUCAUCAAUUUUUAAUUGAAUUUCAAAAUAUUAAAUAUGAUAAAUUACUUCAUGAACGAUUUCAUACGUCGGAUAAUGAAAGUGAAACAAUUAGUGAAUAUAUAUGGCCAUGUUUAAUCGAUAGUAGAGAUCGUACAUGUGUGGCUAAAGGAGUCGUUAUUACAGAUGACCGUUAUUUAUCGAAUAUAUCGUCGUAG